ACAUUGCUUUCUUGACCCAUUAAUGAGUUGUGAUUUGCAGUUUGAGAAAAAAAGUGCUGAUUCAGAGUGAGAGUCCUUUGUAGUGGUUUUGGGUUAAGAUGAUAAAAUAUGCCCUUAACAUUUUUGGAAACUGGUUGGUCUUCCUUUCUUCCCAGUUUAGUUUUAACAUAAGAGUAAGAAAAAUUAAACAGGCAGCUGGUUCUUCUGUUUGUGAAAUUUGGGGGUCUUGUUUGUAUAUCUGGCUGGGUUAGAAGUGCCUAGAGGGCAGUGACUGUCCUACUCUGUGGAUGUUUCACAGAUUAUUGUUUCAGGCAAAGAUCCUGGCAUAGUGCAGGCGCUCAGUGAUUACUUGCUGAAUUGAAUAGUUCUGUAAGACAAGAAGGGUUGUUCUUUUGGUCACGUACCACUGGUCUCAUGGCUGCCAUGCAGAUGGAUCCUGAGCUUGCCAAGCGCCUCUUCUUUGAAGGGGCCACCGUGGUCAUCCUGAAUAUGCCCAAGGGGACAGAGUUUGGCAUCGACUACAACUCCUGGGAGGUGGGGCCCAAGUUCCGGGGCGUGAAGAUGAUCCCACCAGGCAUCCACUUCCUCCACUAUAGCUCUGUGGACAAGGCCAAUCCCAGGGAGGUGGGGCCUCGUAUGGGCUUCUUCCUUAGCCUGCAGCAGCGGGGGCUGAUGGUCCUGCGCUGGAAUGCAAUUCGAGAAGAGGUAGACCUGUCCCCAGCCCCAGAGGCUGAGGUGGAGGCCAUGAGGGCCAACCUCCAGGAGCUGGACCAAUUCCUGGGACCUUACCCAUAUGCCACACUCAAGAAGUGGAUCUCACUCACCAACUUCAUCAGUGAGGCCACAAUGGAGAAGCUGCAGCCUGAGAGCCGGCAGAUCUGUGCCUUCUCAGAGGUGCUUCCUGUGCUGUCCAUGAAGCACACUAAGGACCGGAUAAAGCAGAAUCUACCUCGCUGCGGCACUGAGUGCAAAAGCUACCAGGAGGGCCUGGCCCGGCUGCCAGAGAUGAAGCCCAGAGCCGGCACGGAGAUCCGCUUCUCAGAGCUGCCCACACAGACAUACCCGGCAGGUGCCACGCCAGCAGAGAUAACCAGGCACAGCAUGGACUUGAGUUAUGCCUUGGAGACUGUGCUCAGCAAGCAAUUCCCCAGCAGCCCCCAGGAUGUGCUCGGUGAACUCCAGUUUGCAUUUGUAUGCUUCCUCUUGGGGAAUGUGUAUGAGGCAUUUGAGCACUGGAAGCGGCUCCUUAAUCUCCUGUGCCGGUCCGAAGAAGCCAUGGUGAAGCACCACACCCUCUACAUCAACCUCAUCUCCAUCCUGUACCACCAGCUCGGCGAGAUCCCCGCUGACUUCUUUGUGGACAUUGUCUCCCAGAACAACUUCCUCACCAGCACCUUACAGGUUUUCUUUUCCUCCGCCUGCAGCGUUGCCGUGGAUGCCACCCUGAGGCAGAAAGCUGAAAAGUUCCAAGCUCACCUGACCAAGAAGUUUCGGUGGGACUUUGAGGCAGAGCCAGAAGACUGUGCCCCAGUGGUGGUGGAGCUCCCCGAGGGUGUGGAGACUGGCUAACGGGGAAUACUGUCAGCCAGGGGAGGCCCCUUCCCACACAGCUGCAGUCCUGGCCUCUCCAUUCAUCCCUUCCUACCGGGACCUGUAGGGGUAGUGGCCCCACCAGGUUCUGCAAAGUUAGAGCCAGAAUUCCCUCUUUUACCAGUAAAUAAGUUUCUUCAGUACCAAAGAGGCUAUGUGCAUCCUGAGGGCACAUUCAUGGGCUCCCAUCAGCCUGGCCAUGGGACUAACCUAACUGAAUUCUAAAUGGGCUCUUAUAGAAGCUCUCAGGAGAGACCUGCCUCAGCAGCACCCUACUUCAUUCUGAAUGAGAAGAAUGUGAGCCAAAAACCCAAGAGAACUGAUAGCUCGUUCCAUAGGAUGGUUAGAAAACAAGACACCCUGGACUGCACAGGGUCUGAGAUAUCCGUUGGUGACUUUAAAAGUCAACUAGAAGUUCCUAGGGAAAUGAGCUAGAAUUUCUGUCUGUCCCUUGUUGAAUGGGAACACGUCACAGAAAACACAGGCCUGUGACCACUCAGAGCUCCAGAUUGGGAAGGGGGAACCCAGAAGACAGGUGGGUUGAGUCUGACGAGUGGUCAGCUUUUGCUUUCUCCGUCAACAUCCCUUCCUCCUGUCCAGAGGUCCCAGUGGGUAAUCAUCCAAGACUGUUGUGGCCCCUGACCUCAGGGGCCUUGCUGAUGCCACGUUCCUCUCAUCCAUUCCACUCUGAGGCCUCAGUCCCAGAAGUGGGACUUGGCAGCCCCUCUGUACAUCCCCAUUCCUCACCAGAGCCACCAUGACUAUUUCUGAUGACCUGGAGAUUCAACAACAAAGAGGAAGGUUCUUGCUCAGAAUAGGCUUCUUUGGCCCUGCUGAAGUUCUCUGUCUGUGUUCAGAGUUCUGGAGAUGACCUGACCCACCUGGAUCUUCCCAGUCCUGCUGUGGAGCUGUCAGCCACAGGAGUAAUGAUGCUCCCAUUCCCUUGGAGUCCUGAGGGUGUACCCACAUACAUGGGUCCUGCCACCCUGACCUCAAACCGUUGUACUACGAUCAGAAUCCCUGCACCAUUCUUCUCCAAGGCUGUGGCUCAUACCAGGUUUCUGAAUGAGAAUCCGUGCUGGUUAAGACUUUUGGUUCCGUUUGUUUCCUUGGAGAUGUUUUUCCAAGAGCAUAACAUACAUUAAAGUCUUUGAGUUGAGAUUAAA